AUGAGCGACCCCGUUGAUCCAGUCGACUUGGUGACCGUGGCUCAGGCCCACGCACCUCAAAAGUCACUCGAAGCCCCGAUUCCUGAGAAGGAGUCCGCCGUGGUUGCCGCGGCACCUACAUUAGACGAAGAUGGACGGGAACGUCCCACACCGGAAGAAGAGCGAACUCUUCGUCGCGUUGCCGGCAAAGUUCGUUGGACUGCCUACACGGUUGCAUUUGUCGAACUGUGCGAGCGGUUUUCGUAUUAUGGAACCACAGCUGUUUACGUCAAUUUCAUCCAGCAACCUCUUCCUGCCGGAUCCACCACUGGUGCCGGUUUCUCGGGGCAGUCCGGUGCUUUGGGCAUGGGGCAGAGAGCAUCGACCGGCCUCAGUACUUUCAAUACUUUCUGGUGCUACGUGACGCCCAUUGUCGGUGCCUGGAUUGCCGACGAGUUCUUGGGCCGAUUGGCAACCAUUCAAGCAUCGAUUGCCUUUGCAAUGGUGGGACAUAUCAUUAUUAUCAUCUCGGCUAUUCCUCAAGUAAUUGUUCACCCUAAUGGCUCUAUCGCGUGUUUUGCAAUCGGUCUGGUGGUUUUCGGUAUUGGUGUUGGAGGAUUCAAAUCCAAUAUCUCACCUCUCAUCGCCGAGCAACAUAAGGAAACAAAAUUCUAUAUCAAAACGAUACCAAAGACUGGUGAACGUGUCAUCGUGGAUCCGUCACAGACCAUCACGCGCAUUUUCCUCUACUUCUACUUCAUGAUCAACGUUGGAUCCUUGAUCGGAUCGGUCGCCAUGGUCUAUGCCGAGAAAUACGUCGGAUUCUGGCUGGCUUUCACGCUCCCGACAAUUAUGUUCGCUCUUUGUCCUAUUGUCCUUUUUGUCUGUCGAAAAUACUACGAUGUCACUCCCCCGACUGGGUCCGUGGCUGCGAAAGCCUUCAAGCUUUGGGGUUUUGCUCUCCAAGGUCGCUGGUCCUGGAACCCUGUGAAAUUCUACAAAAACUGCCGGGCAGACGAUUUCUGGGAAAGAGUCAAGCCCAGCAGAGUGGAAAACCGGCCGGCAUGGAUGACCUUUGAUGACAAUUGGGUGGAUGAAGUGAACAGAGCUAUCAAGGCCUGUGUCGUAUUUCUCUGGUAUCCCGUUUACUGGCUCGCCUAUGGCCAAAUGACAAACAAUCUGACUUCCCAAUCUGCCACACUUGCCCUGCACGGCGCACCAAACGAUAUCAUCAACAACUUGGACCCCCUCGCUUUGAUCAUCUUCAUCCCAAUCAUGGACAGCUUUGUCUACCCAGGUCUCCGGAAAAUGGGAUUCAAUUUCAGCCCCUUGAAGAGAAUCUACGUCGGUUUCAUCGUCGCCGCCAUGUCCAUGGUUUCUGCUGCCGUGAUCCAGUACUACAUCUACAAAACAAGCCCAUGCGGCGACCACCCCAGCGACUGUGACACCUCUUCUCCCAUCAACGUCUGGGUCCAAACCGUUCCCUACGUGCUGAUCGCCUUUUCCGAAAUCUUCACCUCCAUCACCGGUUAUGAAUACGCCUACACCAAGGCCCCAAAGAACAUGAAGAGUUUGGUCCAAUCUCUUUUCCUUUUCAUGAACGCCAUCUCUUCCGCUAUCCAGCAAGGACUUACCGCGCUCUCCACUGAUCCUCUCCUCAUCUGGAACUACGGCUUCGUCGCUGUCCUUGCUUUCGUCGGCGGUAACCUCUUCUAUCUCACCCACUACAAACUGGAUCAGCAGGAAGACGAGCUCAACCAGAUCGAAGAGUCAACGUACCUGGGCCGCGGGCCUCAGGCAUAUAAUGAGAAAACUGACCCCGAGGUAUAG